AUGGAUGUGUUCGGUGGUGCGCCGAGGUUCCUGGCGUAUCCCAGGACCUUCACGGUGCCCAACGGGGCUGACGCAGUCCUCAAGUGCCAGAUUGCGGGAGACCCCCGUCCCACGGUGAUCUGGGAGCGGGACAAGGCGCAGAUCUCGCCAUCCGACCGCUACCACUUCCUGGAGGAGGGCAACGUCUACAACCUGGUGGUGUCCCAGGCGCGGUUGGAGGACAGCGGGCAGUACAUCUGCAAGGAGAACCGGGUGGGCGAGACCUACGCUGCUGCCACCCUCAAAGUGGAGGAAGGGGAGGGGGAGGACUCGGAGAACCGGCCAGCGUUCCUGGUCAGGCCAAGCUCAGCCCGGGUCAGCCGGGGGGACGACGUAGUCUUCACAGGGCAGCUGGGUGGGAAGCCCAACCCCUCAGUGUCCUGGGAGAAGGACGGGAAGAAGCUGAGCGAGAUCUUUGAGAGCGCCCACUUCAGCGUGGGCAGCCAGGGCGAGGGGUGGCACCAUCUGAAGAUCUUCAACGCCCGCCCCCCCGAUGGAGGGGUCUACCUCUGCAAGGCGUCCAAUGCCUAUGGGGAGGCAUUGGCCGCCGCUGUGCUGCUGGUGGACCCCGGCACACGGGACCCCCAGUCCCAAACUCUUACCCCUACUCGCUGCUCCACCUCCGGCCAGCCGAGUGCCCCCCAGGACGGGGGCGUUGGGUCGGAGGAGCAGCCGCGCCUCGCCAAGGUCAGGGCCUUCGCCGUGUCUGAGGGCAAGCACGCCAAGUUCCGCUGCUACGUGACGGGCAAGCCCAAGCCUGAGAUCGUCUGGAGGAAGGACCACAGGCUGGUCACUCCCGACCGGAGACACCUCCUCUACGAGGACCGAGAAGGUUACUUCAACCUCAAGGUGCUCUACUGCAAACAACAGGACCACGGGCUCUACACAUGCGCUGCCUCUAACACAGCCGGUCAGACACUCAGCUCCGUCCUGCUCCACAUCAAAGAACCUAAGACCAAGUUUCGAAGCCAGCUGCGAGACGUUGAGGUGAAGGAGAGGGAGCAGGCUGUCCUGGAGUGUGAGGUCCCGGCUGAGUCCGUCCCAGCAACCUGGUACCUCGAAGACCGGAGGUUGCAGCCCAGUGCCAAGUAUGUCAUCGAGCAGCAGGGGACCGUGCGACGUCUCACCAUCAAGGACAUCACCAUGGACGAUGACGGCAUCUACCUCUGCCAGAUGAAAGAUGGAGGAAGGAGUGUUGCUGAGGUGGCUGUGAAAGGUAAGAUCGUGAAGCGGUUGCCACGGAAGCUGGACGUGGUGGAGGGGGAAAACGCGGCCUUCUGUGUGGACUUGGAUGAGGAGAACGUGGAGGUUCGCUGGUACAAGGACGGGGAGCUUCUCAGCGAGUCGCACAAGACCAUCAUCAAAUCUUUCGGGAAGACGCACAUCCUGGUCUUCGUUAACUCCACCGUGGAGGACGCCGGUGUCAUCACCUUUGUGAUCAGUGACUCCAAGUCAUCGUCCCAGCUCCGAGUGAAACCCAGGAGACAGACGGUCCCCGGAGCGCCGGUGAAUGCCCGGAUGAACUGCGAGCGACCGAACACGGCCUCGCUGCUGUGGGGCCCACCGGCCGACUGCGGGGGUACCGGGGCCACGGGCUUCGUGGUGGAGCGGCAGGAGAUGGGGGCAGAGGAGUGGGUGCAGUGCCUGACCACCGAGGGCAGCACGGCGGUGGAGAUCCUGGGCGAGAGUGUCCCCGCCGAAGCCCGUUACCGUUUCCGCGUCUGCUCCCUCAACAAGUAUGGCCGGGGCGGGCACGCCGAGUUCCCUGGAGCUGUACACCUGGUGCCAGUGGCUAGGAUUCGCACACACCUUAACGACGUGACAGUUUGCCAGGAGGAAGACGUGGAGUUUGCCAUCGAGCUGUCUGCCCCGGUCAUUGGGACUUGGCACAUGAAGGGCAGGCAGCUGCAGGAGGAUGAGCGAUUCGGGAUCCAGCAGUCGAGGUCUCAGCAUUCCCUCCUCAUCCGGCGAGCCAAGCUAGAGGAGAACGAGGCAGAGAUAACCUUCGUUGCGCACGGCGUGAGGGAUUCCGCCAUCCUGUUCGUUAAAGCUGUCCCGGUGCGGAUCUCACUGAGCCCGGGGAUGGAGAAGGAGCUGAGGGUCACGGCCUCGGAGUCAAUCGUGCUGUCCUGCGAGCUGUCCAGGGCCAACAUCCAGGUCUGUUGGUUCAAGGACGGCCAAGAGCUCACGCCGAGUGACCAGAUAUCGCUGCAGUCCUGUGGCCAGACAAGGAAGCUCAUCAUCCAGUCCAGCCGGUCCUCGGAUUCUGGACAGUACACCUGCGAUGCCGGGGAUGACCUCAUGACCUUCUGCGUUACUGUGUUGGAGCCGCCGGUGAGAAUUGUGAACACGGCCGAUGACACCAAGGCAGAGUACCUCAAGUCUGACCGGAUUGUCCUGAGCUGUGAGCUCUCUCGCCCAAACGCCGAGGUGAAGUGGUAUAAAAAUGGGCUGGAGGUGGAGGGAGACACGAACGUCACAACGGUGUCACACGGAGUCCACAGGAGUCUGAUCAUCCAGAACGCCGGAAUGGAAGAUUCCGGAGAAUAUGUCUGCGAUGCUGGAGAUGACUCCAUCUUUUUUGACAUUACCGUGAGAGAACCCCGGGCGUCACUCAGAGCCAUGGAGGAAGAGAAUCGAACGGAGUACCUGUGUGGCCAGACAGUUGUGUUAAGCUGUGAGGUGUCCCACUCCGACGCUGAGGUCAAGUGGUACAAGGAUGGAGGUGGAUUGGAGGAGAGGCCAGAUGUUAAGAUGGAGGCUGAGGAAGGUCAGAGGAGGCUGGUCAUUCCCCACUGCUGUAAGAGCGACAGUGGGGUCUAUGUCUGUGAGACCACAGGAGAUUCACUGUCCUUCAGAGUCACUGUGGCAGACCCUCCGGUGAGCAUCGUGAGUCGCUCCCCCUCGGUGCUGACGGUACCGACCGGUGCCGAGGUUGUGCUGUGGUGCGACCUGUCCCGUCCGGGGGCGGGGGUGAGAUGGUCCCGGGACGGGGUGAAGCUGGAGGCGAGCGAGAGGUGCACGAUGGAGGUGGAGGGGGAGCGCAGGAGGCUGAGGGUCCGCUCGGCCACGCUGGAGGAUGGAGGGACAUACUUGUGUGACGCAGCCGGCGAUGUUGCUGAGUUUAAGGUCACCGUCUCCGACCCUCCAGUGAGCAUCGUGAGUCGCUCCGCCUCGGUGCUGGCGGUACCGACCGGUGCCGAGGUUGUGCUGUGGUGCGACCUGUCCCGUCCGGGGGCGGGGGUGAGAUGGUCCCGGGACGGGGUGGAGCUGGAGGCGAGCGAGAGGUGCACGAUGGAGGUGGAGGGGGAGCGCAGGAGGCUUAGGGUCCGCUCGGCCACACUGGAGGAUGGAGGGACCUACGUGUGCGACGCAGCUGACGAUGUUGCUGAGUUUAAGGUCAGCGUCUCCGACCCUCCGGUGAGCAUCGUGAGCUGCUCCCCCUCGGUGCUGACGGUACUGACCGGUGCCGAGGUUGUGCUGUGGUGCGACCUGUCCCGUCCGGGGGCGGGGGUGAGAUGGUCCCGGGACGGGGUGGAGCUGGAGCUGAGCGAGAGGUGCACGAUGGAGGUGGAGGGGGAGCGCAGGAGGCUGAGGGUCCGCUCGGCCACGCUGGAGGAUGGAGGGACCUACGUGUGCGACGCAGCCGACGAUGUUGCCGAGUUUAAGGUCAGCGUCUCUGAGCCUCCGGUGAGCAUCGAGAGCCGCUCCCCCUCGGUGCUGACGGUACUGACCGGUGCCGAGGUUGUGCUGUGGUGCGACCUGUCCCGUCCGGGGGCGGGGGUGAGAUGGUCCCGGGACGGGGUGGAGCUGGAGCCAAGCGAGAGGUGCACGAUGGAGGUGGAGGGGGAGCGCAGGAGGCUGAGGGUCCACUCGGCCACGCUGGAGGAUCGAGGGACCUAUAUGUGUGAUGCAGCCGACGACGUUGCCGAGUUUAAGGUCAGCGUCUCCGACCCACCGGUGAGCAUCGAGAGUCGCUCCCCCUCGGUGCUGACGGUACCGACCGGUGCCGAGGUUGUGCUGUGGUGUGACCUGUCCCGUCCGGGGGCAGGGGUGAGAUGGUCCCGGGACGGGGUGGAGCUGGAGGCGAGCGAGAGGUGCACGAUGGAGGUGGAGGGGGUGCGCAGGAGGCUGAGGGUCCGCUCGGCCACGCUGGAGGAUGGAGGGACAUACUUGUGCGACGCAGCCGACGACGUUGCCGAGUUUAAGGUCAGCGUCUCCGACCCUCCGGUGAGCAUCGUGAGUUGCUCCCCCUCGGUGCUGACGGUACCGACCAGCGCUGAGGUUGAGCUGUGGUGCGACCUGUCCCGUCCGGGGGCGGGGGUGAGAUGGUCCCGGGACGGGGUGGAGCUGGAGCCGAACGAGAGGUGCACGAUGGAGGUGGAGGGGAGGCGCAGGAGGCUGAGGGUCCGCUCGGCCACGCUGGAGGAUGGAGGGACAUACGUGUGCGACGCAGCCGACGAUGUUGCCGAGUUUAAGGUCAGCGUCUCCGACCCUCUGGUGAGCAUCGUGAGCCAAUCCCCUUCGGUGCUGACGGUACCGACCGGUGCCGAGGUUGUGCUGUGGUGUGAUCUGUCCCGUCCGGGGGCGGGGGUGAGAUGGUCCCGGGACGGGGUGGAGCUGGAGGCGAGCGAGAGGUGCACGAUGGAGGUGGAGGGGGAGCGCAGGAGGCUGAGGGUCCGCUCGGCCACGCUGGAGGAUCGAGGGACCUACGUGUGUGACGCAGCCGACGACGUUGCCAAGUUUAAGGUCAGCGUCUCCGAACCGCCGGUCCGUAUAACCCGACCGACGCACAGGCUGUUGGACCACAAGUACCUGGUGUCCGAGGAUAUUCUGCUCGAGUGUGAGGUGUCCAGGGUGGACAGACACACCAAGUGGUACAAGGAUGGGGAGAAGGUGGCUGAAGACGGGCGGGUGCGCACCAGGAGCGAGGGGGCGGUGAGGUCACUGAGGAUCCUGGGCGCACAGCUGAUAGACUCGGGAGAGUACCUGUGUGAUGUUCAGGAUGACAGCAUUGUGUUCCGAGUCCUUGUGGAAGAUCCGCCGGUGACAAUCGUGGGAAGCACCAAGAUAUCGGAGGACCGGAGCUUCAUGGAGUCGGAGGUCAUCUCCAUGACAUGCGAGCUGUCUCGGCCGGACGUGAAGGUCCGCUGGUACAGGAAUGGCAUCGAGCUGCUGAACAGUGACAAGAUCAAGAUCGAGUCACGGGGCCUGACCCGGGAGCUGAUGAUCUUCGACUCAGAGCCCUGCGACUCCGGACAAUACGUCUGUGAUGCUGGCACUGACAAGCUGACCUUUAAAGUGACAGUGGCAGUUCCACGGGUGGUGGAGUUCAUCUCCGACCUCCACAACAUCACGGUGCUGGAGGGAGAGGAGGCCAAGUUCAAGUGCAUGGUAUCGCCCGAGGACGUGCAGCUGGUGUGGAGGGUGAACAGUUCCGAGGUCCCACCGGACAGCGACACGUACCUGGUCUCACAGAACGGGCUGUGCCACACGCUGUUGAUACGUGACUGUCGGGCAGGUGAGGUGACCAGAGUCACAGCGGAGGCCGAGGGCAUCAUCUCCAGGGCCAACCUUCAGGUGCAAGAGGCCCAGAUCCUGUUCACUAAGAAGAUGGUGAACGUGGUGGUGGAGGAGUUCCAGGACGCCACUUUCGAGGUGGAGGUGAGCUGCGAGACGGCCGAGGUCCAGUGGAUCAAGCAAGGAGUGGUCAUCCAGGCUGGACACAGGUUCCUGCUCCAGCGGGAAGGCAGGCUCAGGAGGCUGACCGUGCUCGGAGCCACUGUCGGUGACCGGGGGAACUACCGCUGUGAGACACUGCACGACAGGACGCAGAGCAAGCUCAGCGUGGAGCCUCGGAGAAUUAGCCUGAGGAAGUCCCUGGUGGACAUGGAGAUCUUUGAGAAGGAGGCUGUCACAUUCCAAGUGGAGUUGUCCCACCCGGAUGUUGAGGGGGUGUGGAUCAAAGACGGAAUCCGUGUGAAGCCAUGCCCCAACCAACGGAUCAGUGUGACGGGGAAGUACCACAGUCUCACGCUGUCCGAUCUCACGCUUGAGGACACGGGAACCAUCGUGUUCCAGAGCGACAGCAUCCGGUGCUCAGCAAGGCUCACUGUUCGAGAGCCCCCCGUGACCUUCCUGAAGCACCUGAAGGAUCUACAGGUUCCCGAAACCACCAUCGUCACCUUGGAGUGUGAACUGUCCCGUCCUAACGUGGAGGUCAGAUGGUAUAAGGAUGACUUGGAGAUCAAACCCAACAAAAGUAUCCGGAUUUAUUCCAUGGGGAGGAAGCGGGUUGUCCAGCUGGGGAGAUGCGGAGUGGAAGAAUCUGGAAUUUACACCUGUGAUGCUGGUGAUAACAAAACCUCCGCCAAGCUGGAAGUUUAUGAACGCGAAGUCCGCAUUGUGAAGCAACUGGAGGACCUGGAGGUGCGAGAGAACGACAACGCGGUUUUUGUCUGUGAAGUUUCUCAUGAGGGAGUGAAGGGCGAGUGGUUCAAAAACGGAGAGAAAAUCAAGUCCAACAACACCGUCAAAAUAAGACAGGAGGGGACCAAACAUUUUUUGCUGAUCUGCAAGGUGAAGGCCGAGGAUGCAGGGGAGAUCCGAUUCACGGCAAAGAACGUUGAGUCAGCAGCUCACCUGGACGUCAAUGAGCUGCCAAUUAAGAUCGUCAAGCCACUGCGGGACAAGACGGCGCUGGAGAAGCACAAGGUCAUCCUGGAGUGCAAGGUGUCCAAGCCUCGGGCCAGGGUGCGCUGGUACCGGGGUGGCGAGGAGCUCCAGCCCACGGACAAGUACGAGAUCUGCAGUGAAGACUGUUACCGCAAGCUGGUCAUCCAUGACAUCGGCUUCGAGGAUGAGGACACCUACACCUGCGAUGCCUUCGAUGACCAGUCAUCUGCCAAGGUCCUGGUGGAAGGUACAUCGGUAAAACCAACUCACCCCUUCUGGAACUUACUGGUUAGAAGAGUGAUGGAAACAAAAUUAAUUGGGGAAUUUGAGUCAGGGUCAUACAGCAUGGAAGCAGGCCCUUCGGCCCAACUCAUCCAUGUCGACCAAGCCAUCCUGAUGGUGAAGGACCUGGAGGACGUGGAGGUGACGGCUCCCGGGGGAGCUGAGCUGGAGUGCGAGGUCUCGGUGCCCGUCAUCAGACCCCCGCAGUGGAGCCUCAAUGGGCAGCUCCUUCAGAACGGGAAGGGAGUCCGGUGGAGAACCACGGCACCAUCCAGCGUUCUCGUCCUGAGCCAGACAUCCCCCGAGAUGAGUGGCCUGGUCAAGUUCACCGCUGGGAAGGCGCGAUCCCAGUGCCCAGCUCACAGUCAAAGGUGAAGGUCAGCUGGAGCCCAAUGCACCACGUACACCGCCUCUUCUGAUACGUAACGUCACUU